CAUCAUCUUCACGUCACCUGAUCGAUUAAUCGACAGUCACCCCCUACUCUUUUCCGUCUCCUCGUCCCUCCACAUUUCUGAUCAUCCAUCAUGUGUAAACACGUCCUCAACGCCCAAGUCGCCAUCCGCGCGCCGUGCUGCAAGCUGUGGUUCGACUGCCCCGAAUGCCACGCCGAAACGCAGACGCACCCACUGCGUAAGACGCUGGAGAUGGCUUUCCUGUGCAAGAAGUGCAAGAAGGCGUUCCGGAAGGACAUGACGACGUACGAUGAGAGCGACGAGUACUGUCCGCAUUGCGACAAUCAUUAUGUGUUGGAUGCCAAAACUCCCCAGGCGGUGGUCCAGGUUGAGGGAGAGGAUAUUCGUGUUGACGCAAGAAUGAUCAAGGACGAAAGAGUACAAGAUACAUCCGAGCUCGAAGACGAUGAGUUCUUCUCGGAACGUUUGGGUUAAGACUGUCAUUUUCGACUCGCAGAAGCAUGGAUCAAUUAGUCCUUUCUCUAUCUACUGUAUCCAUGCACCAGCUACUGGGAGCGAAUAUGCGAUUUCAGGCAUGCUUGCUUGUUUUCGCCGACCUCAUCAUGCGCUCCUUGAGUUCCGACAACGUCUCUUUCCCCCAGGUCCCUUCAGCGACGCCGCGCUGACGAUCACGCUCUGCCUCGAGUUUCUGGGCCUGAAGAUUCGACUCGACGACACCGUCCAUACGAUCUACUGUCAAUUCGCUGACAAAAUCGGGGUCCAAGGCCUCUGGCCACGGUUUGGUCACGGCGGAGAUGCCACAGUUUCUGUAGGCGGGCAGUCGGAUGCCCUCCGUGUCCAGCGCUCGUGCUGCAUCCCGGCAGUCGCAGAAAGCGACCAUAGCGUGGAGUUCGUACAUCGAGGAAGACGGUUUGUCGCCGUCCUUCGUCUCGCAUUCGACCAUCCGGAUCCAGACGCCUUCCAGUCCCCCCACGCCCGCCAGGUCCUGUCGCACCUGCACGUUUGCGGUGGCCUUGAUCAUUUCCAUCAUUUCAUGCAGCAUGGCGCGACGGGCAGCGAUGAGCUCGUCUUCUAGUGCGCGUUCACGUGCCAGAGCCUUGCGGAGGGCGAUGCUCACUUCGCUUUCGUCCUCGCCGUCCUCGUCAGCGCUCUUUGCUUCUUCUUCAUCCCUCGGUCCCUUUUUCAACAGAGAGGUGUCCAGCGGGAAAUUAGGCCCAGGGACCCGGAAUGUGAGCCAACGCGACAAACCCGGCUCGACAGGAAACUCAGAGGUCGGUUUUGCCAGCAUUUUCGUUACUUGAAAAUCGAAAGAGCUAAGUCAACAGUGAGAAGAGUAGCACAAAAUUCUUGGUCCUUACCUCGGAGAUUCGGUCGAUAGGAAUCUUGCAUACCUUUCAUUGCUCCAAAAUGGCAGAAGAAUCGGAGGGCGUAGGACGGGGCGGAUAGUGCUAACCGAAUCUCGAGUAGAAAUGCUUGUUGCGGCGAGUUUAAGACUCCAAUCCUGGCUCAUGAACAGGUUUGCAGCCCGGGAAUUUGUGAAGUAGAUUUUCUACAUUGUUGAUCAUCAAUGGCGAGGCCACAGAAGCACUGCUGACAACGCACCGCUCGGACUUCGGGAGCCCCGCUUGGUGCGAGGAGACCGAAGACAGCAAUUUUGGCCACUUCACGGGGCUGCACGCCGACGAAGGUCGCAAGCCGACUGAGAUCGGACACGGUAGUGAAUCGGGGGAGCACUCCGAGCACUACAGACCGCGUGAGAUUCGCUCCGGCCGACUGAGUGAUAUGUGGGGGGAACAUGCUCCGUUCAUGGCUCUGUUUCGGACCCUUGGG